ACAUAUGCAACAGAUGCGGGAAAACGUAUAAAGCUACCACGUCUCUCAGUCGUCACAAACGACUCGAAUGCGGCGUGAUACCUUGCGAGACGGAUACGAGCUGAUGAACGAGUUGGUCGCUUUUCAAUUCGCCCAGGAUACGAAGGAUACGAAAAUGUUUCCGGACGUGGUUACGCUUCAUUCGCCGCACGCAGCUCAGACGAACUCGAUGCAACGCUAUAUGUGCGGAGAAUGCGGCAAAGCGUACACGCGGAUGGCGAAUCUUCGCCGACAUCAAAGACUCGAGUGCGGAAAAGAGCCGAAGCACCAUUGCAGAAUAUGCUGGAGGAAGUUUUACCGACGAUACGAGUUGACGAAUCAUUUCAACACCAGACACAGCGCUCCCUGAGUCGGGCAUCCUCGAUCGGAUCGACUGCUCGGGGAGAAACGAAUUAGAGAAUCGUCUAGUCUCUUCGAUCGACACACGUAUUUUUAAGUCGAGAGACAAACAUAAAAUAUUCGCGAUCUCGUAGUUUGCUCGUGCGCUUGAUUUCGUUUUUCCUUGUUCGAUGUAUUUGUACGCGGUAUAAGAACGUUGUAACGCGACGCGGCGAUUUACUUUUUCUUCAUAGGUACAUACAUGUAUAGAUCGAAAACGAAACGUUCCUCGCUCGCUCGCGUCCGUAUCGUCGUUCUCGCGAGAAAACUAAUUUUACCUAGUCGAGGCGAAAACUAAGAAUAAGUUAAAGUUGGCAUUUUUAUCUUCUAUCGCUGGAUUGUGAGCGUCUCGAACAAUAAAUGUCUGACGAAGAGAAACACGUUUUGUCUGUUGCGCGUAGAAGGGGGCGGAUUCGUGGAUUACUCGUGUACACCUGCUAUACCGUAUUCCGGUGCAUGCGUUUUGUUUCCCGAUCCAUUGCGACCAAUCGAUCCAACCACGUCCACACGAACGUAACGCGAGUACGUGUGUCUCUGUUAACGCGAAUCGUUGAUUCU